AUGGACAGAAAGAGCUCCUUGAAUGAGGGCUCGUUUGGAGAUCAAGAUUUGGAUGCGGAGAUAUGGAACGGAGAUGGUCAACUCAUCAAGCCAUGGCACCCGAUGCACGUUCCUGCUCCGACGCCGCCCGACGAGGCAGGGAGGCUGAAAGUCCUUGAAGAGCUGGGGAUCAUGGACACGCCAGCAGAUUCAGAGUUUGACUCGUUUGCCUUACUUGCGCAAAGGGCAUUUAGGACGCUCAGUGCCGCCAUCAACUUCAUCGACGCAGAGAGACAGUGGUCCAAGGCCACCAUCGGCUACGACGUGCAUGUCAUUGACAGAGACAUCUCCAUCUGUGCGCACACGAUCUUAAAGGAGCAUGAGAGGGAGAGCACCAAGGGUGUGCUGGUGGUUCUAGAUACAUCGAAAGAUGAAAGAUUCAAGUUCAACGACUUGUGCACUGCUGGUGUCAACCAGAUCAAGUUCUACGCGGGGUGUCCUAUCAACAUUUUUCGAAAUGGAGUCGCUUGGUACAAUUUGUGUCUUCGACUCAGAGCCGAGGACCUCUUUCGAUCUCGACCAACACUCUCCAAGGCGAUCACCAAUCACAUGUCCAUCCCAAGUGGCCAAGGAGGGCAGGACCUGAAGAGCGCGUUAGAGGACGUGGAGGACCGAGUCGUAGCUCUGAAGAAGUGCAUGGCAUUCACUAUCCGCAAGGUCGACGAUGCUGCGAUCCGGAUGAUGGCGGAAAAGCUCAAGCCCGUCACCAUCCAAGAAGGACAAUACCUGACCCGCAAAGGCUCUCCCGGUGACCCCAUGUACUUCAUCGUCUCCGGCUCUUUGGUUUGCACCCUCAACGACAAGGAACUUGAGCGGCUCACCAAGGGGCAGUGCGUAGGAGAGCUGAGCUUCAUCAACAUCGCCAAGAUGCUCUCGUCAGGGAUCCCCCGCAAGGAAGCGCUUCACCGAUGCCGCCGGGCAGCAGAUGUCGUCGCUACUGACAAGAGCGAGCUGCUGGCUCUCUCCUUUGAGGACGCCUGGCCUCUCCUCCGCAAGAUCCCCAACCUCUGGUACACGUUGCAGGACAUCGCGCAUCAGCGACUCAUCCGAGUCUCUCGCGUCUCUCCCAAGUCUUCUUUCUCUACUUCCACCAGCGCCUGCCGCGCCCUCCAGCUCUAA